GUAUUGUAUUUAAGAACCUGCAAAAAUGUCGAGCUACGAAGGAAAUGGCGGUGCAGGGUACGAUUCUCCAUCCGUUCGCCAACACACUGAAGAAGGUGAUUCAGAGGACGGAGCAUAUUGGCACCGCCAGUUAGAGGAAAAAGUGGAAUUCUGGGGAAUCAUGCCAGUGGUCAGAGGAAAAAAUUACACUUGGCUGAGAGUUUAUGUGAUUGUGUAUGAAUAGAAAUAAGGAAAGCAAUCCUUAAACAACCAGGUGUCUUAUGGACUUCGUCAUAAGUUUGAUCUAUCUUUAGCAUGGGAAGGUAUCAAAGGCUCUGAGAUGUUCUUACUUCUUAUGCCCAUAGUUUGGGAUUGACAUCUCGAGUCUUUUGGAUGGGUGUGUGCUAGUCAGCAUGAUUCACAUGUCUCUGAAAGAGAUAGGAGAAAAAGCAGAGACAGCCACCGUGACAAGGAAAGGGAAAAGGAUCAUCAUCAUCAAGAUCAUCAUAGGGAUAGGGGUGAGAGAGAUGAUAGAAGUCGGCGAGACAAGGAUAGGGAUAGGGACAGGGACAGGAAUAGAGACAGAGACAGAGACAGAGAUCGUGAGCGGCACAGAAGUCGUGAUUAUGAUAGGCACCAAGAUUAUGAUUAUGACAGUGAGAGGAGACAUAGUCACCAGUCGCAUUCACACUCAAGGAGUUCAAGGGAUCGCUCUAGGUCUCGUUCCAGGUCACGCUCGAAAAGCAAACGAGUUAGUGGUUUUGACAUGGCACCCCCUGGUGCAGCAGUGAUGGCAGGUGCUAAUGUUGCAGGUCAGAUUCCAGGAAUGUCACAGCCCAUGCCUGGCAUGUUCCCUAACAUUUUUCCUUUUGGGGGUACACAGUUUGGAACUCUUCCUGUGAUGCCAGGACAAGCAAUGACACAACAGGCCACUCGACAUGCACGGAGGGUGUAUGUUGGUAGCCUUCCUCCUAUGGCCAAUGAACAGAGUAUUGCAACAUUUUUCAGUCAGGUUAUGACUGCUAUAGGAGGAAACACUGCUGGGCCUGGUGAUGCUGUUGUGAAUGUGUACAUAAAUCACGAAAAGAAAUUUGCUUUCGUUGAAAUGCGCACAGUUGAAGAGGCUAGUAAUGCAAUGGCAUUGGAUGGCAUUAUAUUUGAGGGAGUUCCUGUCAGAGUGAGAAGGCCAAGUGACUACAAUCCUUCACUGGCAGCAGCACUUGGUCCAAGCCAACCUAGUCCUCAUCUCAAUCUAGCUGCCGUUGGUCUCACACCAGGUGCUGCUGGUGUAGCUGAUGGACCUGAUCGAGUUUUUGUGGGGGGUCUACCUUACUACCUCACUGAAACACAGAUAAGAGAGCUGCUUGAAUCCUUUGGACCUUUACGUGGAUUUGAUCUUGUCAAAGAUAGGGAUACUGGAAACUCCAAAGGUUAUGGUUUUUGUGUGUACCAGGACCCAGCUGUAACAGAUAUUGCCUGUGCUGCACUUAAUGGGUUAAAAAUGGGUGACAAAACUUUAACGGUUCGUCGUGCAACAGCCAGUAGCAGCACUCAGGCAAGACCAGACCAAGCAAAUGUGUUAGCACAGGCCCAGCAGCAUAUAGCUUUACAGAAACUGGUACUGCAAGCUGGAAAUACAAUGUUGCCUGGGAUACCUGGGUUGUUGCCUGGCAUGACAGGGGAAUCUGGUACUGCAGACACACCUACACAUGUUGUAUGCUUGACUCAGGUAGUCUCUGCAGAUGAGCUUCUGGAUGAUGAGGAGUUUGAAGAGAUUCUAGAAGAUAUGAGAGAGGAGUGUGGAAAAUAUGGCACAAUAGUCAAUCUGGUAAUUCCACGGCCUUCAACAAGUGGUGAAUUUGUGGCAGGGGUUGGGAAGGUUUUUGUGCAAUUCUCGGACACACAAAGCUCAGAAAAGGCAAAGUUUGCAUUAAGUGGAAGGAAAUUUGGAGGGAACACUGUAGUGGCAGUAUAUUAUCCAGAAGACAAAUUCAGGAGAGGGGAAUAUGAUGGAUGAGCAACCAAUCUUCUUGUUGGUUCAGAUUGUUUUCCUCAUUUUUUUUCUGGAAUGCCAUAGUAUACAAAAAUGACAAAUGAUCUGGAGUGACAUUUUGUACUAUAUCAAUGGCAGUCCUCAUGGAGUGUUCUGCCCAGAUGUGGCAGAUCCCCAAAAUGUAAUAGAUAGAUGCAACUAUUGCAUAUAUUUUUCUUAAUCAUGCAUAGGGGAAGUGUGGAUUGGUGAUUGAAGAGAAUGUUAGGAUCAUGUACAAACUGGUGAGAGUCUUUCUUCAUUUUGUACAUAGCAAAAUUUGUCAUCUGAAUUUAAUUUCAGCUUCUCAUUUUCCUAGAAGUGGAAGCAAAAGUUCAAGAAUCCUUUCUUUGAUGUAUAGGCUUUGCAAUCAAAUAGAAAGAGAAUGGUAAAAAAGAGUGUUAUUGAUCAUCCUUUAAAGCAAACGCAUUGUAAUCCA